CACCCCUAAAAGCAAAAAGAAAAAAAAAAAGAAAAGAAAAAGAGAUAAAUAUCAUCAAGAUCAGAGAAAAGAGAUUGAACUAAAUGGAAGAUCAAAGAGGAAAGGCACCGUCGGUGGAAGCAACGACGACAGUGACAAUGCAACUCCAUCAUCAAAAUAAUCAACAACAAAUGGGGCAACACCAACACCAGAAGUGCCCUCGCUGUGAGUCUUCCAAUACAAAGUUUUGUUAUUAUAAUAAUUAUAGCCUCUCCCAGCCUCGCUACUUUUGCAAGGCUUGCAGAAGGUAUUGGACUCAAGGUGGGACCCUUCGCAACAUCCCCAUCGGUGGUGGCUGCCGAAAAGGAAAGCGCGUGAAAACCCCUUCUUUGUCAUCAUCAUUGUCAUCUUCUAGCGAAGCUUCUCAAAUUGGUCGAUCAAAGCAAAAUCUACAGAUGACAACAUCAAUGAGGGCAACAGGUGUAGUCUCAACCGUUAAUCCUGAGGUUAUACCAUUACCCCCAAUUAGUCCUGCUUUGGGGGCAAAAGAGUUUCACAAAAACUUGGAAGCACCAAUGGCUCCGGAACAAGCGCUUCCUCCAAUCACGAGCUCGUAUUAUACCAGCGAUGGGUUCUUUUCUUCUUUAGCAGCAAUUGAUCAAUCUUUAGGCCAAUCGCUUGUUUUCGAUCAAACGAUGAACGUGGGAGGUGAAUAUGGAGGAGGAUCUGCUUCCAGUUUAGGUAUAUUACAAGAGUACUUUAAGGGAGGUAACAGAGACGAAGACAAAAUUGAAGUACCAAUAUACCCUUAUGAUCAUCAUCAAGGAAGCUUAAUGAUUCAACCAAGCAUGCCUAUUCUCCAAGAUUGGCAUUUUCAAGGCUUUAAUCAUCCUAACAUUAAUAAUACAAACUCGUCGACCACUGUUGCCUCCGAUGGCUCUUUUUUGAACCAUUUUUGGAGCGAUGAAAACACUAUUGGCAACAAUGGCAACCCUGGGACAACCGAUUCUUCUCUGAACCCAAAUCAUUGGCCUCAUCAACCAUGAUCGUGGCACGCCAAUUUGAUCUUCCUUGGCCAUCUCUUAUUUCGCCAUUUAUCUCAAACUCUAGCUAGUUAUAUUUCAGUAAUUUUUUUUUAAUGUUUGUUUAAAUAUGAAUCCUUGCUUCCUUAUUUAAAAUGUUUGUUAAGGAUGUUUAUUUGAUGUAAUUAAAGAAUGCAUUAAUGCACUAUUUUGGGA